GAACAGCUCUAUAACCAUUUGACAAACGAUCAUGUUGGCCGAAAAUCUACUGGAAAUCUCUGUCUGACAUGUCAUUGGUUCAAGUGCGAUGUUUCGGUAGUCAAACGAGAUCACAUUACUAGCCAUCUUCGUGUACAUGUUCCUCUCAAACCACACUUUUGCAAUUAUUGUAGCAAAUCAUUCAAACGUCCGCAGGAUCUAAAGAAGCAUGAAAAGAUCCAUAACGAAGAA